UUGCGGUAAAGUGUGGUGACGUAGUUCACAUCAUUGUGUCCACGUUGUACUAAGUGGACGCGAGUAAUCAGUUUAAUAAGCAAAGAACGCUUCAGGAAUUCUUGAAACAGUUGUGUUUGUAACAUUUCUAUAUGCAUAUACCACCGACAAAUCAGUAGAGGAGCGUAAGAACCGGUAUACCCCGAGAAUGAUCACCGACAUGGCCGUAACGAUGGGCAGCCCAUGGUUUUCGGACAGCUCUGACACCGGUGAAGUACCUAUAGAUAACUUUGACCUUGAUCUUGAUAUCAACGCUUUUGAGGCAGAAAUUUCCAGAAUUCACAGACAGCCGAAGCCAGAACUGCAGCAGGAUAUGUAUUCCUUCUUGAACAGCGUGUCAUGUGAUGCUAGUGUUGCAAGCUCCGAAUGUAGUGACGAUCUGUACGUCGAUAUCGAUGGGGACGAAGCCUUGUUCUGUGAUUUGCAAGCAUCCAUAUUGAACAUCUUAGAUGAUGGCGCAAAUUCAAAUGUCCUGUCAAUAGAUAACAUAGACUUAGCGGACACAGACUGGGGCGUGUCGAGUAGAUCCCAUGACAUAGACAAUCAGUCGACGACAUCUGGGUACAGCAGCGUCAGCAGCAGCAGUCAGUCCAGCCUGAGUAGUCAACAGAGCUGUAGCGCUAGUCAGGCCAGCUCGAGUAGUGGCCGGAGCUGCAGUAGUAAGAACAACUCAAGUAAAACCCCCAGCCCUAAAAGUAAAAGCAGUAAGAGCUGCAACAAAAACAGCCAAUGUGAAGUAGACAACGCACAAUCGUCUCCUCAGAUGGGAAAGAAGAGGCACAAGUCUCAGAGCACAGAUGGUAAAAGAUGGAGUAUGCUGUCAUGUACGGAGCAGAUGUCCGUGGUUGAAGAGCUGAGUCAGGUGAUCAGCAGCGAGUUGGGGAUGAGGGAACAGCUUGACAUCAUCCGCAUCAUCAACCCCAACGCCUAUGUGUCCCCCACAGACAGAGAAUUUGUCAUAGAUUUGGAAACAAUAGACGACACAAAACUACAAAAAAUCCAGGACUACAUUAAGCUCAAUGUUCCAGUCAGCUGUCCGUCACAAGAUUUGUGUUCGGAAUGUCCAAACUCAGCACAGAAGAAAACAACAAAGAAACAAAAAUGCCAAGAUCGUAGGAACCAGCAGAAAGCAAUCCGCCAGCGGCGGCAGAAAGAAUACCGCCAAAUGAUGAAAGAAAAACGGAGUGGUCUGUUUGUGAAGGAGGAAGUGUUAGCUUUGUCUACGCACACCGAGCCGUCAGAAGAGGACGUGGACAUCCUCAUGUGAUACAGAGCUUGUUUAGAUAAAUAUGGUUAAUUUAUCAGCAAAUUUACAUGAAUUAUCUAUUGGCUGCUGUCUUGGGAAAGCUGUUGUCCUACUGUUUUGUCUCUGAAAUUGAUCUGCUCCUCUGUGUGGUUGUAUAGCAGACCCACAAUAGGGGUGAAACGCUGUAUUAGUAGAACUGCAGUAUUUUGCCUUUCGUUAUACCGUAAUGCCAUCCAAAAAUUCAGUGUUUUCGUACUGCCAUUUAACCUUUUUAAAUAAGUUUUGUUCCUUCAAAAUAACAAAGAUUGUUUUUUUUCUCCCAUGUUAUUAAACAAAUUUAAAUUUUGGCUGCUGUCGUCAAUUUUCUGCAUUAUGAUCAUAUCUCGUAUAACAAAACGGAUCGAACCGAAGGUCUUGUACUGCAAUAUGUACCGUACCGUUUCACCCCUAGUGCACAAUGUUAUGCUUGUGAGCUAAAUGGAUAUUGGAUGGUCACAAUGUCCUUAGUGAAAUACUUAGUGCCCAUGAGACCGUGGUUGUUGUCGUUGCGGUUUGACCCCACCCCUAUAUUUCUCAGGCCCAGUUUUCUACCCCAGUUGUGUCAUGUUGAAUAAACCGUCGGCCUGAAGUGAAUUGUAGACUAGUUUGGUAUAAAUGAGUUGUCUCCCCUGACUGAAUAUGCGCGAUCAUCAUUCUGCCAGUGGUUGGUAUGCUGCUGGGAUAGAACUGAAUUUUAGCUAGGUCUGAAACAGUAGAACCUUGCUCACGCAGUGUCAUCUCAAUGGAAAUAUUUUCUACCAGACAUUGUAAAGGAAUUCUGUUUCGGCACAUUUUGUCCUAAGUGAUGUAUUUGUCAUGCUAUUGCACCUUGACUCUGAUGAAAGCUUCGUACUACUUAGCCAUACAGUGAACGUGGACUGUAAGUUGUAGCCAGAUCGGUUGUUGAAUGAGUAUAUCUUCAUGGAUCUGUUUUUUGUGUGUACUACAACAAGCAAAUCUGCUGCACUAAUACACUGAUACAUCUGCACAGUGCUUCUCUGAGACUCAGAAAUGGUGCUUUAAACUUAAUGAACCGAGUUGCUUCCCUUAACUGUAUCAGCAUCUGCUUUAACUGGGUUUGAAUCCAAGAUUUGCCAAAUUGGUACCCUUUCUUCACACUGGGACCAAAGAUACACGUUUCUUGAAAGGAAGUGGGCACAAUGUGUGAAGCCCAUUUCUGGUGUACCCCAUCGUGAUAUUGCUAAAAGCGGCGUAUAACCAUACUCACUCACUCACUCACGAAAGGAAGAAGACAUUCUACAAACACAUCUAUUUGUUAGCUUAACCUGCCUCUACAUACAGCAGACAAAACCUUAUCUCAGGCAUGGAUGUCCGUCAUAAUAUGUCUGUCAGAAGAUAGCUUUUUCAGAUGUUCUUUGUGUUAUGUUCCCCUUACAACUAAGAUUUGUUUAAGAUUGUCCACUUGUUUUCUUCUGUUUUAUUUAUGUUAUGUUAGUUGUCUGAUAGUUUUCCAUGUUAUUUUCCAUGUUUACAGAAAUAUAGCUACAUUUUUUUUGACUUUUCAACAUAUAAGGCUACAACAGAUCCCAUUUCUGGUGUUCCCCGAUGUGAUAGUGCUGGAACAUUGAUAAGUGGUGUUAAAUCAUACUCACUCACUCUGGCCUUGAAAAAGAGACAAUAUCGAGUACUUUAUAUGAGACGUUUUUUUGUAUCUUCACUUUGAAGAGGGUGAGGGGUAGCCUGGUGGUUAAAGCGUUGGCUCGUCACGCCGAAGACCCAGGUUCCAAUCCCCACAUGGGCACAAUGUGUGAAGCCCAUUUCUGGUGUCCCCUGCUGUGAUGUUGCUGGAAUAUUGCUAACAGGGGGCGUAAAACCAAACUCAGUCAGUCAGUUGUCGACAGAUGCAUUUUGUUUCUGGAUUGUGAAUGCAUGUUUCUCCCAUGUGUAAUGUAUACAUUUUUCAAUAUAAAAUUAAUAAGUUAGCUUAAACACAUCUUUGGAAAUCCAUUCCCUUAAAUUGAAUUUGCACUUAAAUCGAGUUCCUUCAAGUUAAAUCCUGUUUCUUCAAACAAUAUGACCUGUCAAUAGUGAUAUCAAAUUCUGUUUGCCAUGUUUCUUGACGAUGGCAAUGCAAUAGAAGAUGUUUUUGGUUAUUGGUUUGUGUUGUAUUUAUCCACAUGUUCCAUCAUUGUUCAUGACUUCUGUACUCCGUGUCAUGUGGAUAGUUAUGAACUCAUGAAUUUAAGAUGAAAUUGAAAUGCUGAGCUCAGGGACAAUGGAUGUUAUUUAAACAGUGUUCGUCAGUGUGAACCAAUUACAAUUGUCAGCAUCACAGAACAUGGUUUAGAUUUUACAUGGCUGGAGAAUUACAUACUAUUUUCAACAUAAUAACAAUGUUAUGUUCCAAAUUCAUGUUACCAGGUUGGUGUGAUAAAAAUAUAUGGAGUUACUCAGGAUAUUUUGUUAAACAGUUGAUCCAUACCCAACCUCCAUUAAGCAACCAAGGGAUAUUGUGUUCUGUUUACAGUUGCAUGAUGCUAUAAACAGCCAUCCAAUGAAGUGCUUUCACGACAGUAGUGAGAAGUAAGAAAGUCAGAGAAAA